AUGUCUGGUUCCCCCAGAAGGAAACCCUUGCCCCAUCAGCGGCCAGGCCCCGGCAGCCCCCACAGCCCCCGUCUGCCCGCUGUGCCACGGGCUUGCCUGAUCAGGACGUGCUCCCAUGCGGGUGGUCGUCGGAGUCUGGGCUGUGUGCGAGGAUCCCAAGAUCUGGCUGCCCUGGGGCGCGAGUCCUCUCUGUCCCUUUUCCGGGACACGCUCCGCUUCCUCAUUGUCCUGGUCUGCCUCAUCUUCAGUGUGCUGUCCACCAUCGAGCAAUACGCCGCCCUGGCCACGGGGACCCUCUUCUGGAUGGAGAUCGUCUUGGUGGUGUUCUUUGGGACAGAGUACGUGGUCCGCCUCUGGUCGGCUGGUUGCCGCAGCAAGUACGUGGGCAUCUGGGGGCGGCUGCGCUUUGCCCGGAAGCCCAUUUCCAUCAUCGACCUCAUCGUGGUGGUGGCCUCCAUGGUGGUCCUCUGCGUGGGCUCCAAGGGGCAGGUGUUUGCCACAUCGGCCAUCAGGGGCAUCCGAUUCCUCCAGAUCUUAAGGAUGCUGCACGUCGACCGCCAGGGGGGCACUUGGAGGCUCCUCGGCUCUGUGGUCUUCAUCCAUCGCCAGGAGCUGAUAACCACCCUGUACAUCGGCUUCCUGGGCCUCAUUUUCUCCUCUUACUUUGUGUACCUGGCCGAGAAGGACGCCGUGAACGAGUCGGGCCGUGUGGAGUUCGGCAGCUACGCAGACGCGCUGUGGUGGGGGGUGGUCACCGUCACCACCAUCGGCUAUGGGGACAAGGUGCCCCAGACGUGGGUGGGGAAGACCAUCGCUUCCUGCUUCUCCGUCUUCGCCAUCUCCUUCUUUGCUCUCCCGGCGGGGAUUCUCGGCUCAGGGUUUGCCCUGAAGGUGCAGCAGAAGCAGCGGCAGAAGCACUUCAACCGGCAGAUCCCCGCGGCAGCUUCGCUCAUCCAGACUGCAUGGCGGUGCUAUGCUGCUGAGAACCCUGACUCCGCCACCUGGAAAAUUUACAUCCGGAAGCCCUCCCGGGGCCAUGCUCUGCUGUCCCCCAGCCCCAAGCCCAAGAAGUCAGUCAUGGUGAAGAAAAAAAAGUUCAAGCUGGACAAAGACAAUGGGGUGAGUCCUGGAGAGAAGACACUCACAGUCCCACAGAUCACGUGCGACCCCCCUGAGGAGCGGAGGCCUGACCAUUUCUCCGUGGAUGGCUAUGAGAGCUCUGCGAGGAAGAGCCCCACGCUGCUAGAGGUGAGCCCUGCCCACUUCAUGAGAACCAACAGCUUUGCUGAGGACCUGGACCUAGAAGGGGAAACACUGCUGACACCCAUCACUCACGUCUCACAGUGA